AUGCAUGUUUUUAAUUCUCGGGGAGUGAGCAUCCAAGCUCGCGCUUUGCUAGAUUCCGGAUCUCAACUGCAUUUCAUCACGGAGAAAUUGGCACAACAUUUAAGAGUAACUCGAAAGGGCGUAGAUAUUGACGUCAGUGGAAUAGGUCAAAGGAGAGCAAAGGCACAACAUUUGUGUUGCAUAACGAUUAAAUCUCUAACCGAAGAGUAUAGUGCUACCAUUGAUGCAAUACUCAUACCAUCCAUUACGUCAUGUCAACCUAGUCGUCGCAUCGAUCAGUCAACCAUUUCGAUUCCAGAUACCAUUUCCAUCGCUGAUCCGACAUUCAACAUACCAGGACAGAUUGACAUACUCAUUGGAGCAGGAUUAUUUUUUGAGAUACUUAGUAAGGGCCAAAUACGGCUCAAUGGUCCAGUAAGACAAAAUACCAAAUUUGGUUGGGUGGUUGCAGGUGCAAUUCCUGCGCACGUAACAUCAGCAGCUGAUCCAUCACCUCCAUACAAAGCAUUCACAUCAGUCACAUCAGAGUCCAUUUUAGAUAAGCUCCUGGAAAGGUUUUGGGCGAUCGAAAAGAUUCCAGCAUCGUCAUCGUCGAUUCUAUCAUCGGAUGAGCUCGAAUGUGAAUCCCAUUUCAGUUCUACUACUCACAGGUGUCCCGUUACCAACAAGUUCAUUGUUCGCCUUCCAUUUCGGGAAGAACCGCAUUACCUGGGUGGUUCAGAAGAAACCGCAGGCAAAAGAAUGUUUUCGUUAGAAUCCAAACUGAAUCAAAACUCAAACCUUCGUAGAGAUUACAAUGAAUUCAUGGAAGAACAUAUCAAUAUGAAGCAUAUGAUUCCAGUUAAUUUAGAAUAUUCACCAAGAAAUCGCCUAAACUAUAUUCCCCACCACGGGGUUACAAAACUUGAUAGCUCGACUACUAAGCUGCGGGUAGUCUUUGACGCCUCCUGCAAAACCUCAAAUGGAUAUUGCCUAAACGAUAUGUUGAGAGUUGGUCUCCAGCUACAAGAUACGAUAUUCACAAUUUUGACCCGUUCCAGAAGACACAAAUAUGUCAUUAUGGCUGACAGUGCCAAAAUGUAUAGGCAAAUCUGGGUCGACGAACGAGAUACCCAAUGGCAAUGCAUUUUCUGGCGCCCUACCUCUCAACAACCACUUACCACAUAUCAGCUACAAACAGUUACUUAUGGUACUAGUUGCGCACCGUACCUUGCUGUAAAAUGCCUUCAACAGCUGGCAAUUGAUGAAGCGAAAACUUACCCAAUCGGAUCAAAGGUAACACUAAGCGAUUUCCAUGUAGACAAUUUAAUAAGUGGCGCAGCUAGUAUUGGCGAGGUCAUCGAAAUCAAAAAUCAAACCAUAAACUUACUGAAGUGCGCGGGGUUUCCUUUACGAAAAUUUGCAUCGAACGCAUCCGAAAUUGUUGCCGAUAUUUUACCGGAAGACAAAGAAGAGACAAUUCGUUUCCAUGACACUGAGUUUGUAAAAACGUUAGGGUUAAAAUGGUCACCAGUUGAGGAUUGCUUUCUAUUGCAUUUGGUAGCGGAUAAUUGCGUUAAAACUACAAAGCGUUCAAUUCUAUCAAAAUUGUCAAGUUUUUUUGAUCCGAUAGGUCUCCUCAAUCCUUUGAUUGUAACAUGCAAAAUUUUGAUGCAACAACUGUGGAAGCUGAAGUUGCCAUGGGAUGAUGAAGUCCCGUCCGGGAUUAAGGUUCAUUGGGAGGUAUUCAAUAAACAAUUACCGCUUUUACAAACAUUAAAAAUACCCAGGUAUGCUAAUAUUGAUAUCGAUACUAAACUUCACGCAUUUGCAGAUGCAAGCACUAAAGCAUAUGGAGCAUGUGUGUAUGCAGCAUGGAGUGAUGCAUAUGAUGAGCAUUCGUCCUUACUCUGUGCUAAAUCUCGAGUGACACCAACGAAAGAGAUUACAUUACCUAGGCUAGAACUUUGGGCAGCCCUAAUGGCCGCAGAACUGAUGCCAGCAGUUAACAACAUACUCAAUCUUCCUGGCGCAAAAGUAUACUGCUGGUCAGAUAGCACAAUUGCGCUUGCUUGGAUAGCAGGUGAACAGUCGAGAUGGAACGUUUUCGUGGCCAACAGGGUAGCAAAAAUACAGCAAUUAACGAAAACCUUUUCCUGGAAUCACGUACCAACAGACCAAAAUCCCGCUGAUAUUGUAUCACGUGGAGCAUGUGCCAGCGAACUUUUACAAAAUAUGUACACUUUGGUGGCACGGGCCAGAAUUUAUCCAACAGAGCUGUGA